CUUUGAGCGCUUCCUUUGCCCAUUUCCAAGAUGGCGCCUUAUAGCCAUGCUUGGAAUGCAGGUUGAAGCUAUAGUUCUGCCAUUACUCAAGAUGGCUGCCCCCAUCAAGAUGACCGGGGUGUGCCUAGGGGAAAGGGGCAGCAGGAUGGUUUGAGAUGGUCUAGCACUGAACCAUAUGGAAGUUUGUGAAACUGGGGAGCCUGAUGAUGGGGGGUGGAGCCCGUGGGGGAUAGAGGGAGCAGUAGAUUGUUUCCCCAGGCUAACCCCGACCCCUCCCUGUCCGCUGGACUAAAAUGGGGAACACCCUGGGCCUGGCACCGAUGGGGACUUUAUCCCGCCGGAGCCCCCGUCGAGAGGAACCGCUGCCCAACCCCGGGAGCUUCGACGAGCUGCACCGAUUGUGUAAAGAUGUAUUUCCAGCACAGAUGGAGGGCGUGAAGCUGGUUGUCAACAAGGUUCUGAGCAGCCAUUUCCAGGUGGCUCAUACUGUGCACAUGAGUGCCCUGGGCUUGCCAGGCUAUCACCUCCAUGCCGCCUAUGCCGGGGACUGGCAGCUUAGCCCCACUGAGGUGUUCCCCACUGUGGUGGGGGAUAUGGACAGCAGUGGCAGUCUCAACGCCCAGGUCUUGCUUCUGUUGGCAGAGCGUCUGCGAGCUAAGGCUAUCUUCCAGACACAGCAGGCCAAGUUCCUGACAUGGCAGUUUGAUGGCGAAUAUCGGGGAGAUGACUACACAGCCACUCUGACCCUGGGAAAUCCUGACCUGAUUGGGGAAUCAGUGAUCAUGGUUGCUCACUUCCUGCAGAGUGUCACUCAUCGGCUGGUGCUAGGAGGAGAGCUAGUUUAUCACCGUCGACCAGGAGAAGAGGGGGCCAUCUUGACUCUGGCUGGGAAGUACUCAGCUCUACACUGGGUAGCUACGUUGAAUGUUGGGUCAGGUGGGGCCCAUGCAAGUUAUUACCACAGGGCAAAUGAACAGGUUCAGGUUGGAGUGGAGUUUGAAGCCAACACAAGGCUACAAGAUACAACCUUCUCCUUUGGUUACCACCUGACUCUGCCCCAGGCCAAUAUGGUGUUUAGAGGCUUGGUGGAUAGUAACUGGUGUGUAGGUGCUGUGUUGGAGAAGAAGAUGCCUCCCCUGCCUGUAACUCUAGCCCUGGGAGCCUUUCUCAAUCACUGGCGCAACAGAUUCCAUUGUGGCUUCAGCAUCACUGUGGGCUGAAGUUGUCCUGGAGGCAACUUCCACAGCAGCUGGAACCUUUGAGUCAGAUGUCCUAGGGCCAGAGACUACCUAGGUUCGUCUCCAAAGCCUACCUUGCUGAUGACUUCUAGGUCCCAUGGGCAGAGUAAGGGGAUAGGACCGUGUCCUCCUCAGAGCUGGAGCUUGCCACACGAUCACUUUCCAAUGAGGCAGUGGUUUGAGGUUCCCAAUUCUGCCAUCACCCCCACUGUAAUUUUCCACAAGCUCUGUGGCUCUGGACUGAAGGAGAAGGGUCAAGGAUGUAUCUGGCUCCUCUCACCCUACUUUCUUCUUUAUUGUUUUUAUUUGAUGAAGGAAUUAGCUUCUUCAGAGCAGAAAAAUCUGCAUGGGAUUCGCUCCCUGUCCCAUUUCUCCCAGUUUUUAAUCCCUCAGCCCCCCAAGGUUGGGAAAGUAGGGUUAAAAAGCUAAAUCUUUGGCCAUAGAAAGACCAAAGAAUGGGCCCACCCAUUCCCAGAAGGAACUUGACCUUCUAGCCCCGAGGCUUCCUCCUUUCCCAUCUUCUGUGUUUCCAGAGAACAACUUUGUCCUUAUGGUUAGCCCAAGUCCCCACUCUCUUCCCAUUGCCCUCUCCACUCCCCAUCGAUGACGGCACGAAGAGACAGUUACUGUUCAGUGUUUCAUUGCUGUCACUGAGCUCCUUUCAGCUGGUCCCCAUCUUGGAUACCAGCAGUUUCCCCUUUCCAGUCCAAUGAAUCCCAGGGGUCUGGGGAAGGAGGCAAGCCUGGGCCUCAGCUGCAGAUUUCCCCCAGCAGUGGCAUCAUAGCGGACAGUCCCUGGAUGCGCUGUACUUCGUAUGAGUAUGCAUUGUUUAUGCUCCGGAGCUCAGCCAGCAGGCCCAUCAGCUUUGCAUACAGAAACCUUUGGAGGGAGUAGUAGGGUUACCAGGGAAAGAAGAGGGAAGUAAAGCAGCUGGGAGUCUUGUCCUGAAGCCCCUGAACUGUCCCUUAAGGAGGCUAAGUCUGAACAUUAGAAAAUCAUGCUGUGGACGGCACAUACUAUACUUUGAAAAAUUUCAGAAGUCCCUAAGAGGGCCUCUAUCAACACCGUCUUCCUUCCUUGUGCCUAGUUUUUCCUGAACCCAGGGCUUAGAGGUCAAGUGUAAAGGAAGUGCUAGACAUGGCCAAAACUUCAACUGUAUAGAACCUGGAGGUAGAACCUUCCAGAAGGAACCUCUGGAAGGUGGGUGUGUCUUCUAUGUAUGAAGCAUCCCCCUCUUAGCAAACUGAUUUAUCAAGGGAUGAGUAGGACAAAAAGUGUCAUGAACUUCAGAGCCUGGACUGUUGAAGUAGGGACAGACUUUGUCCACAAAACUGUGAAUGACCGUGACUUCAAAGGGAACUGAAAAAUUCAAGGAAUUGACCCAAGGGAGAGGUAGAGAGCCCAAAAGAAGAAUGAGCAAGACUUUGAAAAUUUUGCUUUAGUUUGGAAAGGUUGGAGAGGUGAGGUGACGGAUAUCACCAAUCUCAGGAAUGCUAUCACACAUAGGCUAUGAGCUACUACUUUGCAUCUCUACUGAAUAAAACAAACAAAAAAACUUGGAAAAGUGAAAUGGAACAGCAUUAUGAGCAAUUUGGAUAUUGGAACUAUGUGUGAUAGGGGUGGCCCAAGGGAAGGUCUAGAUUCCUAAGUAUUUGGUUUCCCAAAGGAAACAACAGUAAACUGCAUUCAUCCAUA